UUGCUAUCAGGAGAGGUGCGGGCCACUAUGAUCCACUGGAAUGCUGAACAGGGUCUCCUGACCCAGUUUGGUUACCAUGACGGGCGGGUCCUGGUCAGAAAACCAGGCCUCUACUACAUCUAUGCCAAAACCUGUUUCCGUUACUACAAUGAGCUGGAUCCAGGCGUUACACCUCAUCCUCGAGCAUCCCCCUUGGACCAUCGUCCGGUGGCCACUUCCAGCACAGUCCAGUUGAUUCAGUAUGUCUUCCAUGAGCGGCCCAGUCGUGGCGCCCCUCUCAGGCCGACAUUGAUCAUGAAGAGUGGGGGUACGCAGCGUUGGAAGGUGGGGGGAUACCACAUGUACUGUCAGCAGCAGGGCAGGACUGUCGCGUUGAGGACUGGAGACGGCCUGUUUGUCCGUGUGUCCAACUCUUGGAUGCUUGAUCCCGAGGCAGAGGGGAGUUACUUUGGGGCAUUUAGGAUAAGCCACUGAAGUGAAGGUUUUUUUUUGUGUGAGUUAUAUACAACAGGUCCUUAUUAUUGAAAUUAUUUUACAUUAUUUGCUUGUGAGAGAUACUGUACAUAGAUAGAUGGAGAGAGCGAAGCUGACAAAGAGAGAGAGACUAUAUUAGUUGUGUUUAUCUGUGGUCUCUGAAUCUAUUCUGUCAUGAGGCUUGUUUUAUGUCAGGAGACUGGAGACUAGACAGGAACAUAGUUGGGCUGCUUGAUCUGUGCAGAGGUAGAAAUUGCCAUUCCCUUUCAUUGCCAUGACACCAAACAUGUUAACAGUCUGUAAAAAAAUAGCUUUGUAUUAUAUGUGUUUUCCAUAAAACAGUUUUUGACGUUUUUGUAGUGUACACCAAAUCACAUGAUUGUAAUGACUUUAUGAUGAGCAUUUGGCUCUAAUUUAUUAUGUUUCCUUUAAUAUAAACUAAACACA